GUCACAGUACCUGGAACCACUUGGAGUCGUGAUCAUCCUCUCUGAGUUGUGAAAGUUUGAGUGUUAACCUCAGUCUCCCUCCACAAGAAGAUGCAGGACUUCGCCUUCGCUGCCCUCUCCAUCUGGCUGUGUCUGGGUGCCACCACUCUGGCAGAGUCCCACGGCCCACAACACUGCAGUAAGGAUUAUCUGCUUUAUAUCUACUUGUAGAAGUUCAUGUUGCUGUGCACUGUGUAAAACUGUUGUUAGUUGUAUGACUAUUUCUGAAAUAUUGUUAAGGUUUAUAGAUUUGACAGUCUCUUCUAACUUAAAUUAUACCUAUAUGUCUACACAUGAUCUCUGAGUUUGAAAAUCUGUCUAACUGCCGUCUUUGUCUUUUAGCAUCACCUAAUAUGACUGGGGUCCUGACUGUGGUGAGUUGUCCAUUAAUCCAUUAACCAUUAUCAAUGUCCAGUUUCAUGUAAGGACACUGUGUGGCUAUUUUUCCAUUAUUUCAAAACCAAACCAGACUCUCAGCUCAGGCAAUCCUGUUUUUGUCCACUGAUGUUUUCUCUUAAACACAAUUAUAUUGGGACAGUUGGCUAAGUUUUUGCAGGUACAGAAUUGGGUCAUAUUCAUCUCUCUCUCUUCCUCUUGCUUUUUCUCUGUUGAUAAAACAGAUGGCCCUUACAGGAGGUGAAAUCAAGGCAACUGGACAUUACAGCUACGACUCUACAGACAAGAAGCUACGUUUCACUGAAAGUGAGAUGCACCUCAACAAGACUGAGCAUCUGGAGGACUACCUGAUGCUGUUUGAAGAGGUACCACUGAGAACUAACAGAAAUACACACUUAUAAGGCAAGAUUUCAGUUGAGUCCAACCCAAUUGUAAUGCAGAAAAGCUGCUUUAUAACAUCACAAAGUCUACAUGCAUAACACACUUGUUACUGUGGUUAUGACACUGCAUCAUCAUGUGGUCCUCUGUAGCUCAGCUGGUAGAGCACGGCGCUUGUAACGCCAAGGUAGUGGGUUCGAUCCCCAGGACCACCCAUACACAAAAAUGUAUGCACGCACGACUGUAAGUCGCUUUGGAUAAAAGCGUCUGCUAAAUGGCAUAUUAUUAUUAUAAUAUUAUUAUCAUAACCGAGUCUUCCUCCAUCUCUACCGUCUCUCUCAGGGGGUCUUCUAUGACAUUGACAUGAAGAACCAUUCCUGUAAGAAGAUGUCUCUGCACUCUCAUGCUCACGCUCUUGAACUCCCCGCUGGUGCAGCCCAUCAGGUUGAGCUGUUUUUGGGGAGUAACACUGUUCAGGAGGAGAACAUCAAAGUGAACAUAUGGAUGGGAUCCGUGGCUGAGACUAAGGGUGAGUAUGAUACGCAUUAGGAGUCAGACUGUCAAUGUGAUUUUUAUUAACAAAGUAAUACAUGAUGGUUUAUAUACUGUAUAUUGGUUUAUAUAGCAAAGCUAUUGAGGUGUAUCAAAUCAAAGCAUUCACAUAAAGUAUACGUCUGUCCUAAUGUCUGUCUGUCUAUCUGAUCUCCAGGCCAGUAUUCUGUGUCAACUACUGUGGGAGAAUGUCUACCACUUAGUACUUUCUACUCAACUGACUCCAUCACACUCCUCUUCAGGUGUGUGACAUACGUUUAACUUGCUUAAAGCAGUGUAAGGUCACUGAGAUGUAUGUAAAGUAUGCUUUUACCAUAUUGCCCUAUUACAGUACUAGAUUUAUUUGAAGAUUGAUGAAGAUUUCGUUCUACACUGUAUAUCUGAUUGUGCUUACGGUGUAGGUUCUUGCAUGCCCAAAAUCUUCAUGUGUUUUCUCUUUUUCUCACAGUAAUUCUGAAGUGGUCACUGAAGUGAAGGACCCUGAAGUGUUCACUCUGCCAUCUUUCUGUGAGGCUGUGGAGCUGGAGGAGACUCCAGAGGGCCAGAAUAAUGACUUCUUCAAUCUUUUCAACACGGUCUGAGACAGUGGCACCAGGAUCUCCAGCCCCAACCCACCAAGAGCCUGGCCAGCUAAUCCACCUAGAUGUUUCUCUCUCUCUAAUGACUACAUUUGAGUGUUUUAUUACAAUCUCUCCUCUUCUGUUAGAUAAGAUAUGUAUUAUAAUUUACUUUCUUUAUUGAUUCCCCUUUGAAGACAUUGCAUAAAGAUGGAUCAGAUGUAAAAAGGAAAGUUAAUUUCAAGUUAUCAUGUUAAUGUAAUCUCUACGUUUGAACAGGAUAUAAUGGGAUAUAACGUUUGUACCUUACACUAUUAAUCUGUCACUUUAAAUUGCUAAUGCGUAAGAGGUCUGCAUAGGCAAAUAAGAUAAUAAAAACUCCAAAUCUUUUCCAGUCUCCAAAUGUAUUUUUUUAUUACCGAAGUCAUCUUCAACUUUUUCCACAAACAUACAUAAGAAUA